AUGAUCUUGCAAGCCACCCCAGGUAUCGUCUCCAAUUGUGCCGCAGUUUCUAGGUUCGAACCAGACCUGAGCAUCAUAACGAUCAUCUUUGACAGCGAGGAUUUGCCGAUCGAUCCCCGCAGCUUUACUACGAUGUCCCCAAUAAAGGCUUCAGAGGCACGAGAGGAACAAGAGCGAUGCGAGAAGGAGGCGGCAGAGGCCCGAGAGAAACACCUCAGACGCAACAUCCAACCGAAUACGCUAGAUGAAUAUCUAUGGAACUGCCACAUCUACCUCUACAAAAGCUUCAAGCUUGCCGACAAGUCUGUAUCUUCCACGGGGUUGACAAAAGUCGAUGGCAAAUUCUACCCGAAAUGGCUUCGUCCCUGGACCCAGUUUACCGAGUCGCUCCGCCGACAGCAGUUUGACGUCAUCGUGGAAGCCUGUGGCGACGGGCGGCUCUUCUACCAAGAGAGCAUGACCCGAGACAUCGGAGAGAAUAUAUCCCACAGGCUGGCGGGCAGCGAGGAUGCGGAGACACAUUUUGAAAAAGGCGCAGUUGAGGAUCCAGUUCUUGCUAUUUUCCAGCAUUUGAGUGGCCAGGAAGCUAUACGCGCGAAAUACGGCUACAGCCGGCUACAAUUCAGCAGCAACAACCGCGAAAUCACGCAUGCGAGCGUCGGAACACCACUACCGAACGAGGAGGACCUAGAUCACGAAAAGCCGGAGCGGCGGAGUACGGGCCCAAACAAACGGACAGCAUCCGAGUUAAGAAGGAAGCCUCGGACAACAAACCCAGAUGGAGCCGGGCUGCGAACGCGGCCCGGCGGGGACGAAAGCGUGGCGUUUGUCUAUGACUUCAAGGCCGCUCACAAAAUCGCGGCCAAGCAUGACUACAUCGAGGACGGAUGCCGAGCAAGAGCAACUCGGAGCGAAGCGCGGCUGGCCAUGGCGCUCACCCAAGUCUUUGACUACAUGGUCACCUACGGGGUUGCGUAUGGCUACUUGGCGGCAGGCGAGUCGCUGCUGCUACUCCACGUCGACCGGGCCGACCCGCAAACGCUGUUCUGCUACCCGUGUGUGCCCAGUGAAGAUGUGGGCGACGCGUCGUGCGAAGACUGGGCCGAAAAAACGGACGUACACGGUUGA